CAGGUGAAGCUGAUUACCGCACGUGAGGGUCUGAGUGACCGUGACACCGGCCUCUGACACUACAUAAAGAUGGACUCAGGAAUAACGGAGCGGAUUUAUGAAUGAAACCUCGGAGGGGAAACAUCAGGAAAAGACUCUUCACUCACAGAAAAGAGAAACCCCUCAGAUUUACCGAUUUAUUUUUCUAAUUUGAAUGACAAUCGAAUGGUUUGGACACCGUUUGCCAUUUUUUCCCUCAAUUUGGAAGAUGUUUUAUUGCGUUUUCUUUCCCCGAAUGUCCACUGAGGACUAUUUGACAGUAGAUUAAUCAUCUGUCUGUUUCCCGUUUACACCGUGAACACACACAGGUAGACAGAAGGAUGAAUCAAAUAUAAAAACUGCUGUAGCUGCACAGAAAUGUCCUACGAUGCCCUUUUGGAGACUUAAGGGACGCGGGGUUUCGGUGCCAUUACGCGCAGCGAUGCGUAAAGCUCUCCGGUGAUUCUGGUCUGCAUGGACCCCGGAAGUAAGGCUACUGAUCGGGCUCAGCGACGCAUAAAACCGGCAUUAUUGUAAAAAAACAUCCCUCCAUAAAUAAGUUAUUUAAUGUCUCCCCCUUUCCUAACCAGCUUUAGAUACAUGUGCAGUCCAUAUUUGUGGUCGAAAAUAGGAUUAUUCUUCGCUUUUUUGCCAUUUUUUAUCAUUUUUAUCAGUUCUCUAUUGGACUAUUUGUGAUGAGGACUCGCAGUAAGUCGGGGAUUUUUUUCCGGGAACACAUCGAGGUGUUUCAGAGAAGCUUCUUCCAAUUUCCCACUGAAUAAAAAAGAAGAAGAAGCACCGACCGGUGUCAGGUGUAGAGAGAAAAAGCCAGUGAUGCUCCAUGGACCGAUUUUCCGCUUCGACGACCCAAUUCGACUCCUCAAUCCGGGGCUUUUUCCUCCACUGAUGUCCCUGGAGGUCCGUGAGCCCGCUCUGGUGGGUAACUCCACUGUGCCCGGGGAGGAGGGGGCUCCCCAGCAGCCCUCCCUCCCCUGGGUGCCCCCCCUGCUGGCCGGAGUGCUCAUUACAACCAUCGUGGUGGACGUGAUCGGGAACCUGCUGGUCAUCGUGUCCGUGUUCAGGAACAAGAAGCUCCGGAAAGCAGGAAACGCCUUCGUGGUGAGUCUAGCUUUCGCUGACCUGGUCGUCGCCAUCUACCCGUACCCGCUCGUCCUCUUUGCCAUCUUUAACGACGGCUGGAUCGCGGGAAACAUCCACUGUCAGAUCAGCGGCUUCCUGAUGGGCCUCAGCGUCAUCGGAUCCAUCUUCAACAUCACGGGAAUCGCCAUCAACCGCUACUGCUACAUCUGCCACAGCCUCAAGUACGACAAGAUCUUCUCCAACAGGAACACCAUGUGCUACGUGGUGCUAGUUUGGGCGCUCACCAUUAUCGCCAUCGCGCCCAACUGGUUUGUGGAAUCGCUGAAAUACGACCCGCGCGUUUACUCCUGUACUUUCGCCCAAUCCGUAAGCUCUUUUUACACCAUUACGGUUGUGGUGGUGCACUUUAUUCUGCCCAUUAGCAUCGUGAGCUACUGCUACCUGUGCAUCUGGAUCCUCGUCAUCCAGGUGAGGCGGAGGGUGAAGCCGGACACGCGACUGAAGAUCAAACCGCACGACUUACGCAACUUCCUCACGAUGUUCGUAGUGUUCGUGCUCUUCGCCGUUUGCUGGGCGCCGCUCAAUUUCAUCGGAUUAGCGGUGGCGUUGGACUCCCGUUUGGGCGAAGCAAUACCGGAGUGGCUGUUCACGGCGAGCUACUUCAUGGCGUACUUUAACAGCUGCUUAAACGCUGUCGUCUACGGAGCCCUGAACCACAACUUCAGGAAGGAGUACAAGAGGAUUGUCAUGAUCGUCUUCAAGUUUCACUGCUGAGACGAAACGCAGAGGGGAAAGUUAAGGUGGCUGACAGGUGCAAACACGUUACAACGACCCAGAACACACUGCAGCUUCAAAAACGAUGCAAAUAUGAAAAUACAAAUGUGCCAAAACACAUGAAGACACAUCUUCAGCAACUUGACAACACAUGCAGCAUUUAGAAAACAUUCAGCAACUUAAGGAAACAAACUCAGUUGGAUCUUUUACCGACUUUAAAUGUUGAUGUUGGAUUAUUCAUUGUGAUCAUCUUCUCCCCGAUGCAUAACAGUUUUCUACUGAGUUGUUUUAUGACGUAAACAAUUACGUCAACGCUGUUUCUGUUUACGCAGAAGGACAGAAAAUGCUGCGAAUGAAUAAUAAUGACUAUUAUUUAAAAAAGAAAUGUAUUAAAUAGAAUA